GAAUGUUCCCUCGAGCAAGUACAAGAAGGGAAAACAAAUUACCUUCAGCUUGCACAAGUGCUAGGAAAUAAUAACGAAACAAUGGUCGAAAAUCUUCAGGAAAAUAGAAUGGAUAUAGAACAGCAAUAAUUAGAGACGACUGGGAGCACUAGUGACGAUUCUGUUAAUGCCAUUGAAACAGAAUUUACAAAAAGAGGCGAAAAAAGAAAGAGAAAAAUAUUUAAGUACACCUGCUCACAACGUAAAACAAAACAAUUUAGAAAAAUCAAAGAAAAGCAUUCUCUUCGGGAACCUUGCAACAACUCUUGCAAAAAAAAUGCACCACCAAGAUUGGCCAAGACAUGAGAAAACAUUCACAAUUUUGGUGCAUGAAUAAAUACGACCAAAGAAGUUUUGUAAUAGGGUCAGUACAAAAAGUAGGUGUAAAAGGAAAAACUGUUGGGUCAGAUUCUAGAAGAAAAUUUACCAAUAAUUACUUUUUAACAGAUGAAAAUGGUCAGUCCUGGGGCGUAUGCAGAACUUUUCUUUUAACAACCCUAGAUUAUCAUCCAAAUAAUGACAAAAUACUGGAAAAUAUGCUUGAUGCAAAAGCUUCCGUAAUUUCUCCAAGAAAGGACAAAAGAUUUGGUCGAAUUCCCCCAAAUGUAAAAGAUCAUCAAAUAAUAAUAAAUCACAUUGAAUCUUUUAACCCGAAUAUCUCGCACUACAGGCGGGAACAUGCACCAUUUCGGCGUUACUUACCAAGUGAUCUUUCUGUAUGAAGAUUAUACGACGAUUUUUUGGAAAAAACACCAGAGUUCACUUGCUCAUACGAUUUAUAUCGUUCGAUAUUACGGAAGCGCAAUAUAUCAUUCGUCAAAUUAGGACAUGAAGAGUGCGAACAGUGCGAAACUUUUAGACUGCAUGAUCACUCUAAAGAAAACCUUCAACCUGACUAAAGUUUGCUCAAAUUGGAAAAUUCAUAAUGAAAAAUAUACACAGGCUCGAAAAUUUUAUGAAGCCGAUAAAAUAAAAUCACAAAACAGCAAAGAUCUGUUUGUAUCCGUAGAUUUACAAAAAGUAAUUAUGUUACCGAGGUGUGAAAUGUUUAAGUCACUAAUUUUUACGCAACGUCUUGUGGCUUACAAUGAAAGCUUUGUGCCACUAAAAUCCAUGGCUAAAGAGCAACCAACGGCUGUUAUUUGGCAUGAAGCUAUACGUGGUAGGAAAAAAGAAGAUAUUAUAAGUGUCUUUGCAAAGUACAUUCAAAGUCAGAGAGAUCGACUAAAGAUUACUUUUUGGGUCGACAAUUGCAGUGCGCAAAAUAAAAACUGGGCGUUUCUUAGCUUUCUGGUUUUUGUAGUUAACAGCUCACUUAUCGAAGCUUCCGAAAUUGAAGUAAAUUAUUUUGAACCAGAACAUACGUUCAUGUCGGCGGACUCAUUUCAUCACAGCGUAGAAAAAUCAUUAAAAACUAUGAAAAAAGUAUAUGAUUUUAAAGAUUACAAGUUAGCAAUUGAAAAUACUAAAGCUAAAACAAUAGAAAUGAGUACUGAAGAUUUUUCAUUAUGGAAAGACCACUCAAAAAAGUAAAAAGCAAAAGACUCAAACAAGGUUUACUUACAUGAUAUUGUACAAAUAUGUGCCUUUUUAAGUUACCAGACCGAUUUUGAAAAACCUGCCUUGCCGUUGGAUUUUAUAAAAAAAAAUAUACUUAAAUUAGGAAAAAUACCUAUCCCAGAUCCUGUUACGCAACCUAGAGGAAUUUCUGUAGAACGGCGAGAUGGUAUUAUCAAGUUAAUUCAAAGUAAUAGCAACCAUGGAAAUGGCAAUAAAAUAAUUCCUGUAAACAGAUUAGAAUUUUGGUCAAACAUUCCGGUGGUGAAUGAUGAAUCAGACAAUGAUGAAGAAAAUUGAAUCUAGUGUUAAAUGUAUUUUUUAA